GGAGUUCAAACAACCAAAACAACAAUCAACAAACAAGAUUCAAGGCAAAAAAACAAGAAAAACGGGAAUGGAAAAAUACAACCCUUUUUCAGCCGAUUUCUGUCCAGCUUUCCUUCCUCCUUUGGGCAGCUUCUUCUUCGAUUUAUGGGUGUUUUUCUAGGCUCAGGAACAGCCCCAUGUUAUGCCAAUUGCCUUCCAAAGAGAGAGGGGAAAAACCAAUGAAGAACCACCACCCUUUUUAAUGAAAACUUAGAGCUCCACACUCUGCUGCUGCUGGGAAUACCAAACGAGAGCUGCCCCCAUGUUUUAUAUAUAAUGGUAGAGUGUACAUAAUGAAGGGGUAGGAAGAAAGACCAUGCCUCUGCCAAAGGAAGGGAAGACCUUAUUGUGUCAACCUCACUCCCAUCAACUCACAACAUUAGGUGGUGGGGUUAGGUGAACCAUAUCUUCACAAUUUUCCUAGUUAAUUUUCUUCUUUUCUCUUUACUUCCACUCAACGUUGCUUCAAGAACUGCAAGAACACAAGUAGAGGCUCUUGUAAGAUGGAAGAACGCCUUAUCAUCUCAUGAGUCUCUCGAUUCAUGGGCGUUCAAAAAUCUCACGGAUCAUUGUAGAUGGAAGGGCAUUGUGUGUAACCCCGGGGGGUUGAUUUCUGAGAUAAACUUAUCUGGUGCAAACCUCACUGGCACUCUUGACCAACUCGGCUUUGGUUCAUUUCCAAAUCUAACAAGUCUCAACCUCAACUGUAACAAUUUUAGUGGGUCGAUUCCAUCUGCGAUAGGAAGUCUUUUCAAGCUCACAUUCUUGGACCUCAGCAACAAUUUGUUUAGGGGCAUCAUUCCAGCUGAGAUUGGGAAUUUGAAAGACCUUAGGUCCAUUAGUUUCUACAACAACAGUUUCACAAGUCAAGUUCCAUAUCAAAUUAGUGAUCUUCAAAAGCCAGAGUACUUGGAUUUUGGGUUAAAUUUUUUGAAAUCUCCCAAAUGGUCUAAAGUUCCGAGCUUCCCUUAUUUGACGCACUUCAGUUUCUCCUUCAAUCCAAUUUUUGAAUUCCCUGGUUUCAUACUCUAUUGUCGGAACCUUACUUAUCUUGAUUUGUCAGAAACCCUUUUGAGUGGCCAAAUCCCGGAAUCAUUAUUCAUUAAUCUAGGAAAGCUUGAAUAUCUUAACCUUACCCGUAAUUCAUUUCGAGGGCCAUUGUCAUUAAAUCUAGCUAAGCUAUCGAAGUUGAAAGAUCUUCGCUUAGCAAAGAACUACUUGUCUGGUUCAGUCCCUGAUAUCUUCAGUUUGAUGCCCAAGUUGCAAAUCCUUGAACUCUUUAGCAAUUCAUUUCAAGGAAAUAUCCCAUCCUCUUUAGGCAAACUGAGGAAUCUUCAACGCCUAGACCUCCGUCUCAAUCGCCUGAAUUCCAUUAUUCCUUCUGAGCUUGGCCUAUGCACGGAUCUUACCUACUUGGAUUUUUCCCUAAAUUCACUCAUGGGAUCCUUGCCUUUGUCCUUGACCAAUCUGACCAAUUUAUCAUGGUUCGAUGUGUCUUACAAUAAUAUUUCAGGCCGUAUAUCACCUUAUCUUUUCUCAAACUGGAGUCAAUUAACGUCAUUGCGGGUUCACUCUAAUAGAUUUACUGGGAAAAUUCCAUCUGAAAUUGUUUAUAUGACAAAUCUCAAUCAUCUUUUUCUGUCCAAUAAUUCAUUUUCAGGGUCUAUACCACCGGAAAUAGGAAGGUUGCAUAAUCUGAUUAGCCUAGACCUUUCAGACAAUUUGAUAUCAGGUUCGAUACCUCCAACAAUCGGGAAUCUAACAAAACUGGAAUUGCUGAACCUUUUCUUCAACAAUCUAACUGGAACAGUUCCAAUAGAGAUUGGAAAUUUGAGGCCACUGAAGAUUCUCGAUCUCAAUACAAACCUAUUAAGUGGGCAUCUACCAGAGUCCAUCUCGAACCUUUGUAGCUUGAGCGUUUUUUCUCUGGCCUUCAAUAAUAUUUCAGGCAACUUCCCAUCGUUCAAUUGCAGUUUAAGUUUCCUUGAACAUCUUUAUCUGGCUAAUAAUAGGUUGGAAGGGACAGUUUCGAAAUUUUUAGGAAACUUUAGCAACAGUGGAUGUAAACUGAAGGCCUUCAACUCAAAUGGCAAUCGAUUUGAAGGAACGUUACCCCAUACCUUGGUUAAUUGUAGGCUACUCGAAGUAAUAGAUGUUGGAAACAAUGACAUAAGUGGUUCAUUCCCCUUUUGGACAGAAAGUCUUCCAAACCUUCGAGUUCUUGUAUUGAGUUCCAACAGAUUCCAUGGUACGAUAUCUGCUUCAAAGGCAACAGUUCCCUUUCCUAAGCUGCAAAUUUUCGACCUCUCCCAAAAUGAGUUCAUUGGACUUGUACCAACUAAAUAUUUAUUGCAAUUCAAAGCCAUGAUGAAUCGGACUGAAAAUGAAGAGAGAGGAUACUACAAAGAUCCUUUUUCAAUAGUGCGGAAAGGGGUUGAGUUUCCGUCAGUGAGAAUUUUGAGAGCCUAUACAGCCAUUGAUCUAUCCAACAACAAAUUUGGAGGAGAGAUUCCAAGUUCUAUAGGAAAGCUUAAGCUGCUACGAUCUUUAAACUUAUCUUACAACAGCUUCACAGGUUAUAUCCCUUCAUCACUACAAAAUUUGACUUUACUCGACUCGCUAGACCUUCGCUCAAACCAAUUGGUGGGAGAAAUUCCAAGGCAAUUAACAAGGUUGACAUUUUUGGCAGUCUUUAACGUUUCACACAAUCAUCUUGCUGGGCCGAUACCUCUGCAAGGGCAGCUACUUACGUUUGAUAAUAGUUCAUAUGUUGGCAACACAAAAUUGUGUGGAUUCCCAUUGACAAAGAUGUGUAGAGAUGAGUCAAAUGACAGAAAAGAGCAACCGAAGCUUUCAAUGUUGCCACAAGAAGAUAACUUUUUAGAUGGAUUUACCUGGCAAGUUGUCCUUCUGGGGUACGGAUGUGGAACGUUAAUUGGUUUGGUUGCAGGAUGUUUAAUCUUUAAAUAUGAAAAACCUAAAUGGCUUAUAGAAUUUGUUUUUGGAUUUUACACAAAAUAAAGGAAUCCACAAAAGGAAGGCAGAUCAAAGGUAACUUAAGUAAAGUUUGCUGCAUAAGUCCUUGUAAAUUUUACAUAUAUUUCCUCUGUCCCAUAAAGAUAUAUUUGCUUUCUUUUUUUGUCUAUCCCAAAUUAUAGACAACAUUUCUUGUUGA